AUGAGAAAGUGGAUCGAGGGUCACGUGCUGACAAGAAGGUCGUUCCCCAAGGGGGGAAGGGGACCGAGGGUCCCGUGCUGGCCAGAGGGCCAUUCCCCAAGGGGGGAAGGGGACCGAGGGUCCCGUGCUGGCCAGAGGGCCGGUCCCCAAGGGGGGAAGGGGACCGAGGGUCCCGUGCUGGCCAGAGGGCCGUUCCCCAAGGGGGGAAGGGGACCGAGGGUCCCGUGCUGGCCAGAGGGCCGUUCCCCAAGUGGGGAAAGGGACCGAGGGUCCCGUGCUGGCCAGAGGGCCGUUCCCCAAGGGGGGAAGGGGACCGAGGGUCCCGUGCUGGCCAGAGGGCCGUUCCCCAAGGGGGGAAGGGGACCGAGGGUCCCGUGCUGGCCAGAGGGCCGUUCCCCAAGGGGGGAAGGGGACCGAGGGUCCCGUGCUGGCCAGAGGGCCGUUCCCCAAGGGGGGAAGGGGACCGAGGGUCCCGUGCUGGCCAGAGGGCCGUUCCCCAAGGGGGGAAGGGGACCGAGGGUCCCGUGCUGGCCAGAGGGCCGUUCCCCAAGGGGGGAAGGGGACCGAGGGUCCCGUGCUGGCCAGAGGGCCGUUCCUUAA